AUGGGCUGGCGGGACCGGGCGGGCGAUCAGGCGCGGGGCCGGGCUUGCCGGCAGGUGCGGUCGCGGCGCGCGGGUCCCCGGGCGGGCGGCGGCGCCUGCGGCUUCAUUGUCUACGGCGCGGGGCUCACUCGCAUCCUCCGGCCUUGUCCACAGAGUCCGCAGCCUCCGCCACUCCCUGGGUUCGGGACGCGCGGGCAGCUGCGCGGGCCGCGGGCGAGGGGCGGUGGUUUAAAAUGGAAAUACGCGCCGGGGCGGGGCGGGCGUGGGGCGGGGGGGGGCCCGACCAGCAGGGACCGUGGGCCGCGCGCCCAGCCCGGCCGCCGAGUGCCGGGAGCGCGCGGCGGCGGCGGGCGCGCGGAUGCGCAGCCGGGCCCAAGCUCCGGGGUGGAUCGCCGCCGCGUGGACCGGAGCCUGGGGUCGGGGACAGCAGAUAAGUGUGGGAGGGGGCGAUCAAGUGCGGGGCCCCAGGCCGAGUGCACAGCGGGCGGGGCUGGGCACCACGUCCUGCAGAUGCCACUGCAGCCCUGGGCCCCCACCCGCCUCGCCAUGCCAGCGAUCAGCGCUGACCGCCUCCCUGAGGGCGCCAGGCCUCUCCGGGAGCGUGCAGGGCAGUGGGCAGAGCAGUUAGCAGCAGUGGUCCCCGUGCUGGACGCCUGGUCCCCCGCCUGGAGGGGCUCCCUGCCGCGCAUCCGUCCUAGUCUCCUUCUGCUCUGCAGUGUCUGCCUGUGGCCGCACCCUCCCGACCCACCCCCUGCCCGCCUUCCUUCCGCUCCUGGAGCCUCAUCAGAUCACACCUCGCUGCAGAUGGCCACCGGGGCCUGCCCACCCGCACACCCAGCCUCCAUCUCCCCUCGCUCCUCCGUGUCUCUGGGAACGUGCACCUGCUCACCCAUCCCUCUGCCCAGACCACAGCUCGAGGCUGCCCUUCUGCCAAGCCCACCCCCAGAAACCCAGCGAAGAGCUCCUCCGUGCCGGCCCCACCCUGCCCGGGGUCCCUGA